AUGGCUUCUUCAAGCGACGUCCGCGGGCGCAGCAAUUCCCGCAUAUCCGUAUCUAGGAAUGAUGCAGAUAGCAUCAUUCCCGAUCAAAUUGACGCUUCCUAUGCAGAUGCCGCUGAAGCUCCUUUUGCUCUCUCGUCGGCAAUCGCUAAAUCCGAUUCUGUCCAGCCUUCGAGCAUUAGCAAUGUGAAAACGCCUUCUCGCUCUUUCUACCAUCGGGCUUUUCACGGAUCAUUAGAUCCCGCCCAUUACUCGUCUCAAGGCGUUCGCGAACAGACUGCGGAGCUUGCUUCGCUUGCCGUCUCUGAUGCCGAAACCAGUCUGUCGGGCGCUUCUGCACCGCAUUUAGCUGACGACAGCAUGCCACCGGGUCUAGAUAUCUUCAGACAAAGCCCUAGUCGACACAGGGACAGUCCUGGUGGUUGGGGCAGCAUCUCACGGCCAAGAUCUGACUUCCGGGCAUCGUCGAUUUCUCCGCCGCAACUCUCCAGCUCGAAUUUAACGGCAAUUCUACGCACAUCCCCGCCUGCUAAUACCAUCGAAAACCAGGGAGCUGUAAGCACAUCUGCAGAUGACCUCGAUAAAAUACGGGACGACGAGCCCUCAGACCAACUAGACGGAGCAGAGGCAGAAGAAGCAGACCAGCCGGAUGAAGGGACCGCUCUUAUCCGCAAGAGGACUUUAUCCAAAAGCACCAACUAUGGGACUGCGGUAGGAGACAUAGAGAGUCAGUCAACCAACAUAUAUGAGUCGAGAAAGUCUCUUCUACAGAAUGCAUUUUCCAGGACUAGGAAACUUUUCUAUAUCACUACACACCCGAAAUCCUGGGACCGCCACGCCAUAUGGCAAGAAGGUGUUGUGCGACCCGUUAGUCUUCUUCCCGCCGUCUUCUUGGGUCUGCUUCUCAAUAUCCUGGACGCACUGUCGUACGGUAUGAUCUUGUUUCCCCUAGGUGAAGCGAUGUUCUCCGACUUAGGGUCCGACGGCAUAUCGAUGUUCUAUAUUAGCACGAUCAUCUCGCAAUUGAUCUUCUCGUCCGGAGCGUCAGUGUUCAAAGGCGGAAUCGGCAGUGAAAUGAUUGAAGUAGUCCCUUUUUUCCAUAAGAUGGCUUUUAUGAUCCUCAACCGGGUCGGCGAAGACAAUCCCAAAUCCGUGCUCGCAACUGCAAUUUUGUCAUUCUCAAUUAGCUCCGUGCUCACGGGCAUUGUGUUCUUUCUUAUGGGCGUGUUUAAGUUGGGCUCACUGAUAGGUUUCUUCCCUCGUCAUAUCCUGAUCGGCUGCAUUGGAGGCGUUGGCUGGUUCCUCGUGGCUACUGGCGUGGAAGUCUCUGCACGGUUGCCGGGAUCGUUGGAGUAUGAUUUUGUGACGCUACAGCAUCUGUUCCAACUUGAUACAUUGUUUCUCUGGACGAUACCACUUGCUCUUGCCAUUAUUUUAUUGGUUGUGAAACGCUUCGUCAAAUCCAACUUUUUGGUGGGAGGUUAUUUCAUUCUAGUGGCUGUUCUUUUUUACGUUGUCAAAUUUACUGCACGCAUUGAAAUGGAUACUCUGCGAGGCAAAGGUUGGGUAUUUGAACCGCCAGCAGCUGCCAAUCCAUGGUGGCAUUUCUAUACACUUUAUGACUUUAAUGCUGUCAAUUGGCCAGCUCUUAUUGAUACAAUUCCUGCUAUGUUCGCACUUACCUUUUUCGGUGUUCUUCACGUCCCUAUUAAUGUCCCGGCGUUGGGUAUUUCUACUGGCGAGGACAACCUAAGCGUGGAUCGCGAGCUGAUUGCUCAUGGGAUUACGAAUACGCUAUCUGGCGCUGUGGGUAGUAUACAGAAUUAUCUCGUAUAUACCAACAGCUUGCUGUUUAUCGACAGCGGCGGAGACUCGAGGCUUGCGGGAAUCAUGCUGGCUGGGGCAACUGCUGGGAUCAUGGUUGUCGGACCAGCUAUUAUCGGCUACAUCCCGAUUCUCGUUGUCGGCGCGCUGAUUUUUAUGCUCGGCAUAGAAUUGAUGGAAGAAGCCCUUGUUGACACGUGGGGUAAGCUUCACAGACUAGAGUAUCUGACCGUGGUCAUUAUCGUAGUGACCAUGGGCGCGUGGGAUUUCGUUAUCGGGAUUUUUGUUGGCAUCAUUCUUGCCUGUGGCAAUUUUGUGGUACAAACGUCGCGCAAAUCAGCGAUUCGGGCAACUUAUUCUGGCGAAUUCACCGCAUCGACGGUCCGACGACCUCCCAUCCAGCAGCGGUUUUUGAAGGAUGCUGGAAGACAGACGCUGAUUAUCAAGCUUUCUGGGUUCCUGUUCUUCGGAACAAUUGUCAAGGUAGAGACUACAGCGCGAGGACUUAUUGAUGAUGAAGCGUUCAGGAGACGGCCAAUUCGGUUCUUGGUGCUAGACUUUCCACGCGUAAACGGGCUUGAUUUCUCGGCUGCGGAAGCUCUCACGCGGAUCAAUCGAAUUUUAGGGAAGAGAAAUGUUCAGGUUCUGAUUUCCGGUCUAGAUGUUGAAGGCGAGGUAGGCAAGAGUCUACAGAAUGUAGGGCUAUUUGCAGAUGAGAGUCUGGUUCAGAUAUUUGAGGAUCUGAAUUCGGCGCUGGAAUACUGCGAGAAUGAAUACCUCAAGGUGUUCUACAGCCGCAAAGAAGCGCUUACAGAGCAGCAGCAGCAAGAAUCCUCUAGAGAAUUUUUGGAUGUCCCUCCAACAGCAACAACAUUAACAGCAACAGGAGCCUUAGAUUCAUAUGGGCAUUCACCACGACGCAACUAUCUCCAACAGGCAGCUCUGCACACCCUCCGCCAAGAGGAAUCAACAUCAAACAUUGCCCAAAAAUGGACUGCCUAUCGCCAACCCCUCCCCCUCCUCCUCCAAACCUUUCAGGACCUGACAACGCACAAAUCCGAAGACUUUUGGUUCCCGGCAUGUGCCUAUUUCCGCCGUGAAUUCCACCGCAAGGAGACAGUGCUGUACCACGAAGGCGACGCACCAGAGAUGUUCUAUCUUCUUGAAUCGGGCAUGCUCCGAGCCGAAUACGCGCUGCCACAGGGCCGGUAUUCAGAGUUAAUUGUGGCAGGACGACCAUGCGGCGAACUGCCAUUCUUUAGCGGCACGCCGCGCACAGCAACCGUCAGAGUCGAUCAGGAUUGUGUCGUUUGGUGUCUUGUUCGGGAAAGGUGGAUGGAAUUGAAGGCCGAGGAACCGGAGAUUGCGCAGGAGAUGCUGAUGAUUACAUUGCAACUGACCGCAGAGAGGAUGGAUAGCAUUACAUCACAUGUCCUUGCCAUAGCCGGAUGA